GAGAUGCCAGAUGCUGCCGCUCACCUGCCCUUUUACUACGGCAGCAUCGCCAGGUCGGAGGCUGAGGAGCACCUGAAGCUGGCAGGGAUGUCAGAUGGGCUGUUCCUGCUCCGGCAGUGCCUGCGCAGCCUGGGGGGGUAUGUCCUCUCCAUGGUCUGCAACCUGCAGUUCUACCAUUACGCCAUCGAGCGCCAGAUGAACGGCACCUACGCCAUCGCGGGGGGCAAAGCGCACUGCGGGCCCGAGGAGCUCUGCGAGUUUUACUCCAAAGAUGCUGAUGGGCUCUGCUGCCCCCUCCGCAAGCCCUGCAACCGGCCCAGCGGGGUGGAACCCCAGCCCGGGGUCUUCGACAGCAUGAGGGACAACAUGGUGCGGGAAUACGUGCGGCAGACCUGGAAACUAGAGGGCGAUGCGCUGGAACAGGCCAUCAUAAGCCAGGCUCCCCAGGUGGAGAAGCUGAUUGCCACCACAGCCCAUGAGAGGAUGCCCUGGUACCACGGCAGCAUCGCCCGGGAUGAAGCUGAGCGGAGACUCUACUCUGGGGCACAACCUGAUGGGAAGUUCCUGCUGAGACAAAGGAAAGAGAACAGUGCCUAUGCUCUCUCCCUGGUCUAUGGCAAAACAGUCUAUCACUACCGGAUAGACCAGGACAAGUCUGGCAAGUACUCCAUCCCUGAGGGCACCAAGUUCGACACACUCUGGCAGUUGGUGGAGUACCUAAAACUCAAACCAGACGGGCUGAUUUUCUACCUGAGGGAAACCUGCCCCAACCCCAACAUGCCAGCGUCUGCAGCACCGGUUCCACCAACCCACCCCUCUGUGAGCAGACACCUUGGGCCUCUUAAUGCAGACGGAUACACACCAGAGCCUGUAGGGGCAGGGAAGUCACGCCUGCUACCCAUGGACACCACUGUCUAUGAGAGCCCCUACAGUGACCCCGAGGAACUGAAGGAUAAGAAGCUUUUCCUGAAGAGGGACCACCUGAUGAUGGAUGAAGUGGAACUGGGGGCAGGAAACUUUGGCUGCGUCAAGAAAGGAGUCUACAAAAUGAGAAAGAAGCAGAUCGACGUGGCCAUAAAGGUCCUGAAGAGCAACAAUGAGAAAACAGUGAAGGAUGAAAUGAUGAAGGAAGCCCAGAUCAUGCAUCAGCUGGACAACCCCUACAUUGUCCGGAUGAUUGGGGUCUGUGAGGCAGAGUCCCUGAUGCUUGUGAUGGAGAUGGCUUCUGGAGGGCCACUCAACAAGUUCUUGGCCUGCAGGAAAGACGAGAUUACAGUCAGCAAUAUCGUGGAGCUGAUGCACCAAGUAUCCAUGGGGAUGAAGUACUUGGAGGAAAAAAACUUUGUGCACAGGGAUCUGGCAGCCAGGAAUGUCCUGCUGGUCAACCAGCAUUAUGCCAAGAUCAGUGACUUUGGACUCUCCAAGGCCCUUGGGGCUGAUGACAGCUACUACAAGGCCAGGACAGCUGGCAAGUGGCCCCUGAAAUGGUAUGCCCCAGAGUGCAUCCUCUACCACAAGUUCUCCAGCAAGAGUGAUGUGUGGAGCUACGGUGUGACCAUGUGGGAGGCCUUCAGCUUUGGGCAGAAACCAUACAAGAAAAUGAAAGGCCCAGAGGUCAUCAGCUUCAUAGAGCAAGGCAAGCGCAUGGACUGCCCCACGGGCUGCCCCGCAGAGAUCUACAGCCUCAUGCAGCAGUGCUGGACCUACAGGUCGGAAGAGCGUCCAGGAUUUAUUUCUGUGGAAAACAUAAUCCGCUCCUACUACUACAGCAUUGCAACCAAGACAGAAAAUGGGCCAGAGACAGAGGACAAGUCAAAAGCAACUCUCCCCUGA